AUGAAACUAAGAAUUCUCAGCGUUCUUGUGGCAUGCGUAUGUUAUGUCAUCGCUGCUUUACCAGAGUUAGUAACCAACUUGGAUGACAACAUGAUUUGUUAUCUCCAUAUGUACGGAUUGAGAACUGGUACAAGAGAGAUAGGAGAUGGGUAUAUGUCUGGUUUCUUUGACGAGAAAACAAAUACUGUUGUUCCUCUUGUAAAGACCAUCAAGAAUACAGAGCAAGUGAUCGGUCAAAAACAAGAUUUUCAAGCGUUGACGAGCAAUAACACUCAUGCACCUAAGUAUGAUCCAGAGGUAGAUUAUUGUGCACAAGUGGAAAAAUUACUAGAAAUUGAAAAGAGCAAUGGGAGUAUUGAACCUAAUACUCCUUAUAUUUUGAAAAGAGAUAGCAGUAGUUGUUACAAUCAAAAGUGUGUGAAUGAAAACCAGUGUGCACCGCACGGCAAACGUUGUUCGGAAUGUUACAAUGAUGAACAUGGGACGUUUUGUAUUUGGGACGCAGCAAGAUCGCAGAGAGGAGGAACUUGUUAUUACUGCUUAGGUAUAUUUCGGUUGUUAUUGAGUCAUUGUCAUAUUGCUAAAGGAUUAAGACAAUGUGCAUAA